AUGUCUCGUGAGAAGAGCCUGUUGGUGGUGGUGCAAACCUCUGCAUUAGUGUCUGCUGAAGGCGGUGGGAUCCUGUUCUCUGGGACUUCACCAGAAUCACCCUGCUCUGUUGUCUCAUCUUUGUCAGACUUUGAGGUAUUGGACUCCUGUGCCUUGAAGGACAGAUCUCCGGAGAUGGCCUCCAGGGCCAAGUUCCUCAUGUCUGAAGAUGGCUACAAGUUCUUGGGAGCAUCGCCGUCCUCACUGCAACCUCACUGCAAAGCCCGCGCCGAGCGAUCGCGUCUGUUCGGCGCGCGUUGCGCGUCGCGUCUGCCGUCCGCCGGCCUCUCUAUCUGUCUCGCCGAGUGCGCCAGCGCUGAUAUCGCACCGCGCCGACGCCGCCGCCUCCGCCCCCGCCGCCGCCGCCGCGGCGGACGCAGCCUCCGCGCGCCAGUGCCACGCGCGCCGCGCACGCCCUCGCCCACGCCCACGCUCGCGCCCACGCUCCGCGCCCGCCUCCGCUCGCUCGCCACGCCGCCGGCGCAGACAAAGACUCCUUACACUAUGUUUCGUACAUCAACUAAAAAUUAUUGUGACAUUCUAGUGCUCGUGGAAACUUUAACAUAUUUCAUCCAAUCCUCUACUCAUGGAUUUGAGAACCUAUGCGACUUCGAGUACAUCACUGAAAGCGUUCUGAUGAAAUUUGAAACUUGGAUAGAUACUCCAUUUAAACUAUUUUAG